AUGAGCCAAAGCGCGCCUAAGUUGGGGAUUCGUGUCCAAUUCUACAAUCCUACGACGCGUCCACCUUUCGCCCUCUUGAACUACGAUAACUCACUCCUGAGAAGAGGUCUGCAGAUUCUGGACAAACUUGUGGGCAUGGCCAUGCUCAUUGCAGCCACGACUAUUUUUCUUUACUAUACUAUAUGGACACUGUUCAUGCCGUUUGUCGACGAUGAUCAUCCUCUUCAAGGCCUCUUUCCUCCCCGUGUCUGGGCUAUUCGAAUCCCGGUCAUCCUCACCCUUCUGGGGUCGGCGGUCGUUGGAACCUUCCUUGCGAUGGUUAUGAUUCGAAGCAACCGAAAGAAGGCGGCGAAGGCCAGGGCAGCUGCUGCAGCGAACAAGUCGAAAUGA